AUGAAUCUGAGGGAAUACAGAGAAAAUCAAGCAUUAAUCAAUAUGAACAUAGGAGAGAGGAGAUUACAGAUUAUGUCUACAAUGGAGAACAAGAUCAACACCUAUUGGCAACUCCGGCAGUCUCAAUGGCUUCUGAAUACUCUCUCAGAUUUGGAUGAGAAGAUAUUGGCCAUGAUAACCAUCAUACAGGAAGAAGAGAAUUCUUUAAUUCAGAGAGAUGAAAUGUACCAAAAGAAGACAUUGGAGCUCAUCGAAAUGGGGAAAGAAUUCCAUAAAUCUUAUCAUUUGUUUGCUGAAGCUUAUGAUCAAUUAAGCUUUGAGUCAACUGAACCCAUCCAAUCAAAAUCAUUGUCUUUUAAGAACAACCACAGCACUGGAAAAGGAGUCAUUGGAAGCAAUGGAGAUUUCCAAAUGGGUAGCUUUGAGAAAGAGAAUAUGUGGCAUGAGCUUAGUUUUCAAGUUUUUAAGCUUAUUGCAGAGAAUCAAAGUCAGCAAGCUGAGUUGAUAAGUAGAAAUUCAGCAAAAAGAGAAACCAUUAAAGAUCUUAAUUGCAACCUAGAGAAACAAUUGAAUGAGAACAAGGUUCUCCAUGCCCAAUUGAGAUUCUACAGGCAAGUUGUGAACAAAAAUCAAUCUCUGUUCUCAAAAUUAAAGCGGCUGAUUCUAGGGAAGUUCUUGAGAGUUGAUACUCAAUGAUUUCUGUGUUAGAUU